AUUAACCGAGCUCCGUAACCUAGUUUUUCCCUCCAGAAGAAAGGAGCUGGUGGCAGGCCAAGGGAAUGAGCUCGCUUCCCGGUUUCUUUAAUGAGCCAUUCGCCACUCGUUCACAACGUGAAGAGUCAGCAACUUCCCAGCACCCACUCAGCAAUAAUCGAGGGAGCGCGCCGUAACGCGCAGGCGCUUGCUGGCCAAGGUACUGCAAGAGACUCUGGGCCUUGUAGUUCCGGCAUUCCCAGUCUUCCCCAAGCGCCUGCGAAUUCGCGCCUCCAUCACUACUACCUGACCCAGAAGCCCUUGCGACUCUAACUCUUGGAAGCCGUAGUUGAAGCGGGUGGCGGCUGAGGGGACUCCCCCCACUCCCCCCAAAACCCAAAACAAGGAAAUGGUGCCCAGUAUGGUGGCCUCGUGCCCUUGCGCUUGAAUGCUACCGGUCCCGCCGCCGCCGCCGCCGCCGCCGCCUCACCCCGUUGCCCACCUCCCUCUCUUCCUUCUCUAGUCGCUCCUUCCAUGGGUGAAAGACAUGGACUACGAGUUCAAAUCCAAGCUGGCGGCCGAGCGCGAGCGGGUGGAGGAUCUGUUCGAGUACGAGGGCUGCAAAGUCGGGCGAGGCACCUACGGGCACGUCUACAAAGCGCGGCGCAAGGACGGAAAAGACGAAAAGGAAUAUGCACUGAAGCAGAUUGAAGGCACAGGGAUAUCCAUGUCGGCAUGUAGAGAAAUAGCACUUUUGAGAGAACUGAAGCAUCCUAAUGUGAUUGCAUUACAGAAGGUUUUCCUUUCUCAUAGUGAUAGAAAGGUGUGGCUGCUGUUUGAUUAUGCUGAACAUGAUUUGUGGCAUAUUAUCAAGUUUCACCGUGCCUCAAAAGCAAACAAAAAACCCAUGCAACUGCCAAGAUCUAUGGUCAAAUCACUACUUUAUCAGAUUCUUGAUGGAAUCCAUUAUCUCCAUGCAAACUGGGUGCUUCACAGAGAUUUAAAACCAGCAAAUAUUCUAGUAAUGGGAGAAGGUCCUGAAAGAGGAAGAGUUAAAAUAGCUGAUAUGGGUUUUGCAAGGCUAUUCAAUUCUCCUCUUAAGCCACUGGCAGACCUUGACCCAGUUGUGGUGACAUUUUGGUAUAGAGCUCCUGAAUUGUUACUUGGAGCACGGCACUACACAAAGGCAAUUGAUAUAUGGGCUAUUGGCUGUAUAUUUGCUGAGUUAUUGACUUCAGAACCUAUAUUUCACUGUCGUCAGGAAGACAUCAAAACAAGCAAUCCUUUUCAUCAUGAUCAGCUUGAUCGUAUAUUUAGUGUCAUGGGAUUUCCUGCAGAUAAAGACUGGGAAGACAUUAGGAAAAUGCCAGAAUAUCCUACACUUCAAAAAGAUUUUAGAAGAACAACAUAUGCCAAUAGUAGCCUCCUCAAAUACAUGGAAAAACACAAAGUCAAGCCUGAUAGCAAAGUAUUCCUUUUGCUUCAAAAACUUCUGACUAUGGAUCCAACUAAAAGAAUUACCUCAGAGCAAGCUUUGCAGGAUCCUUACUUCCAGGAAGACCCGUUGCCUACAUCAGAUGUUUUUGCUGGUUGCCAGAUUCCAUACCCCAAACGAGAAUUUCUUAAUGAAGAUGAACCCGAGGAAAAGGGUGAUAAGAAUCAACAGCAGCAGAACCAACAUCAGCAACAAACAGGACCUCAGCAGCAACAGCAGCAGCAAGCAGCACCUCAGCAGCCGCAGCAACCACAGCCUCAAGCAGCACCUCAACAGCAAAACAGCACCCAGACCAAUGGAACUGCGGGGGGUGGCGGGACAGGAGGUGGUGGGACUGGGGCAGGUCUCCAGCAUAGCCAGGACUCUGGCCUCAACCAGGUGCCUCCAAACAAGAAACCACGCCUUGGGCCUUCAGGCACGAAUUCAGGCGGGCCUGUCAUGCCUUCAGACUAUCAACACUCCAGUUCACGCCUGAGUUACCAAAGCAACAUUCAGGGAUCUUCUCAGUCCCAGAAUACAAUGGGCUAUUCAACAUCAUCUCAGCAGAGUUCUCAGUACCAUCCGUCCCAUCAAUCUCACCGGUACUAAAGAGACUUCAUAAAGGGUGUUAGAAAGGAAUGAACUAACAAUGAGUGGACUCCAGCAAUAUGAAGUUCAUAACCAUGAGAAGAACCAAAAAAAAAUGCAAAUUGUGAUGCAGAUUUUAGAAUUGCAAACUUUUUAUUUACUAAUUAUUUUAAGACAAGAAGACAGUUUUUAUCCUUUUUUGCCAUAAAGGAGAUUCUUGUGAAGUUUCCCUUCAGCUUUCGCAUGUGUUCCAUUGUGGUUACUCGAUCUGAUCUGAACCAAGCACUUAAACUUCUUUAACCUAUGGAAUUGUUGAAGGAUUCCUGGUGCACCUUUCUCGUGUUGUAGUAAUUGCCAUAAAUCUACCCUUUUCCAAAUCCUUUUACCAGGAUUUUAAAUUUUUGGAAUCUUGAACUCCUGGGCUUUUCAAGCUUGUAUAUAGUUAUUUUUUUUACUAGGCAGACCAGUUUAGCUAUACAGGUAUAAUGCACCUUUUAAAAGCACUAUGUUAUUUUCACAGGAUAUUACUCUUUUGCUCAUGGAUGUCAAGAACAGCAGAUUUUACUAUUCCAGAGUAUUUUAUUAUCUUUUUAGUAGUCUAGUUUUCAGAUGAGAUAUUUAAAAAAAAAAGAAGAAAAGACAAAUAUACAACCCAAGUCUCUGCAGCAGCUAUUACAUGUUAUGUGUUUGGAUUGAACCCCAAACAGAAGAUUAUGAACGUUUCUUUUAUCAUUCAGAUGAGCAUCCCAUAGAUGAUUGGUCAUUUUCUUCCAAGUGAAUUGACUGGAGCUUUGCUUUAUAUCAAGGUAUGGAAGCAAAGCAGAAGACAUCAAGUUUUGUGGCUCCGGUAGAACAAAUUUGACUAAGUGUCUUCUUUAGUGAUUAUCUGUUACCUGCAGUGGUGUCUUUGCUCUGUGUUGAAUCUCUACAGCUGGGGUUCAUCAUCAAUGGGAUAAAGGGCAAAGAAGGCUUUGUCACUCCUUUGGGGAGGCUGGGUAGAGGGACAAAGUGUAUAUGUGCAUCUUUCUUUUGUUUCUUACCUAGACUUUGAUUGAAUUUUGAUUUUGAAACUUGCAGCAAAAACAAACAAAAUGUGCUGUGGCACCUUAAAAGACUAAUAAUUUUGCUCUUGCAUUAGUAUCUGCCUAGUUGCAGAAGACUUGCAAUCAUGAACCUGGAGAAGCCAUUAUUGUUGUUGCUAUUAUUCCUUCAUUAUCCAGUUGAAGCAGAUCAAAUACUGAAAAAGGAGUAGUUGAACAAUAUAUUGAAGUUGCUUAGCCUUCUCAUGUACAUUAUGCAUCUGAUGUUGUUGUAUCACUGCGGUGAUUGAUCCAGAUUAGAUAUGAUAGAUAAGAUAUGCUAUACUGAAAUGUUUUUUAAUCCUAAAACAGGAAUAGACUCCAUGCUAUCCUUCCAGUGUUUUGGACUAUAAUCCUUGCCAUUGGCUGUGCUAGCUAAAGCUGAUUAAGAAUGAAGGUUCAGGACAUCUGGAGGAAGGCACUAGGUUGCCUGUCUCUGCCCUAAGAUCUGACCCAAAGAGUCCUGAAGAAAUAUUGUGAUCUUGGACAAGCACUUCACACGAAAAAUAACAAAGCUUAUGAACAGAUCCUAUAUGUUGGAGACUUGUCGUCUAAUUACUAGUUAUAGUAUCUGUGAACAGAAGCAACAUAGACUAUGAAGCAACUCCUUCCCCCGUCUAUUUUUAAAAGAACUACAUAAAUAAGGUAGUGCGCUUUAUUCAGAAAUUUAGAAUUCAUCGUUGAAUUCACCAUAUUCUGACUUUUUUCCCCUUUUUUAAACUAGAUUUUCUGUCAUUCUAUGUAUGAAGAUAACUUAAAGUAAGCAUUUCUUACUUAACAUUUUAGAAUGUGAAGGAAUGCAACUGAAUAGGGUUUUCCUGGGGUAAUCACUAUUCCUUCCCCACGACUACUAAAAGUGGAAUAAUUAGAAAUCGGUGCAAAUUUGUGUUGUUUGUACAAAUUGUAGAAUUCAAUUUCCUUGUGUGGAAUUUGGCUCAUCAUGGUGCAGAAGCUUUUUAAGCAUACAAGGCCCUAACUUUAUUGCACUAAAUGUAAGAGGAUAUAUACUUUAGAGUAUAUACAAUAAGCAGCACUCAGUAUUUUAAAAAUAAUUAUUAAAAAAGAGAAAUAGAGGAAGAAACCAGGUUAUAUAGGCAUUUUAUGGGCAUUUACACUAUACAACAUAAACUUAUGCCUUGUGGUUUUUUUCUUCUUAUAUAUAAGAACCCCUUAACAAAAGUUAAAACUUUAUACUAUGACUGAAAUAUAAAUUUGUGUUGGAUAUGCUUGCCGCCUUGAGUUAUUUGUAAAAAAAAUUAAGGCGGGAUAUAAAUAAAUAAUAAUUAAAAAAAUUAGACAGUGGAUCCACUCGCUUGGAAGGGAAAAUUUGAUUCUAAGUGUAAUAGAGGUGUCUGAUUCACGAAAUAACAAGUAAUUUAUUUGAGAAGAAAUAUAACUGGAUCUUUCUCCACCGAAAAACUUUAUUUUUUUGUAAUACUUUGCGCAUCAUGUGUCUAAAUUAGUUUUGUUGGAUGGAAUUUGUGUCUUCCAUACGAAUCUUCAGUGAAAACAUUCCUUUUCUUUCAUACGUCUCCAAUUUUAUCUGUCUUACUGCAUUCAAGCUAAUAUCUGGUCAGCAGCUGAGAAGAUUAUUAAAUUUCACUUCGACCAGCUUAUGAGCAACCCAUUUUCUUUUUGCUACUCCAGCCUUCUUCUUGUAGCAAUUGCAACUAUUGUGAGCUCUGUCAAAAUAUAGCUUCCUCUGUGCAUGCAGUGUGAUGAUUACCUGUGUUGAAUGUGCUUUAUUUCCACGAGCUUCCGAUCCCCUUGAAUAUGGCCAUGAUUAUACUCUGUAUUGAUAUAUUUGCAUAUUUGCUGGAAAAUAAUGGUUUGAUGUGCUCCAUUUCCCUGCCGCGUCUGUGCAUACAUAUGUAGCUGUGCUCAAUACUUCAUGGCCUUCCAAAUAAGCAUUGACAGGGGAAUAGAUGAAAGUAUAGGUUUACACUUUUGAAAUGUUUACUGCACUCAUUCUCUAUUUGUAUCUUGGCUUUGCGGCAUACUUGGCCUAUUAGGGUGAACUAUUUGUGUAUAAUAUGAUGAGUGUCUCAUGUAUUGCAGGGCUAAAGUGAGAUAGCUUUGUUUCAGGGGAAUUUAACAAAUCAAAAUACAUUGUAUAAUAAAUAAUCUGUUGUAUGUUAUGGAAACAGGACACAGAAACGUUCAUAACUGUGCAGCUUCGCUUUAAACCUGCCGUUUUCAUGUCGCUAUCUCAUUGGCUCUCGGAAGUGGACAUCGAGCAAUUGAAUUUUGCCUACCGUCAUUCUGCAGUGCUUCUCUUCUGGUUUUUCAAAGAAAAGGGCCAAGAAAAUACGAUUAGCAAAGCAGGGAUGACAUGAACAGUAACACAGACUGCAUAAUGAAGGAAGAAUCGUGUGAAAGCUGCAAGUCCCUGCACUGUAUCUGUGACACUGUAUCGGUCGGGUGGGGAGGUUGGGAGGACAUCUUGUUAGGGAAGUGGAAGCUUGAAGUAUUUGAUUAUGUAUAAUAUUUUAUAUAAACGUAAUAAGCUUAGUUCCCCUUCAUAAUCUUCAUUGAUGGUACUUAAGUAAAGAUAAC